AUGGAUCUUCGCCCGGCACCCCUAUCGGUCAAGAAGCGGAAAAGUCUGCCUGCAGUGAAGCUAGGAAACGAGCGGCCACAGAAACCUCUAAUUAUAUUCGGCAGGAGUACAUCAGCACGGGUAUCAACUCGAAUAUCAUCCGGUGAAUCAACUGUGUUGGCAUCCAACAGUCCUCCACAACUUACCGAGUGGCCGAAUCUCGAUGUGCCAAAGAUCCGUCGCAGUAAUACUUCCAAGUCUCAUGGACGGCCGAGCAAAAAAGGAGGUCCCGAUGCAGCUCACCCAAAGAAACCCACCGGAAUAUUGCAUUCGACAAGUUCAACUCUCAAAGAUGAAGACCAACGCCAAGGUCAGAAAGCAAUCAGGAACGAAUCACAGACACAGGGCAGGAUGUCUCAAUUCCUUCAUGCCUUGGACAAGAAACUUAUAAAACCUUCUGCCCGCGAAAUAUCGAAACGAUUACCGAACAAUGUACGCUCUAUCCAAAUCGAAGAUACUCUUCAUUCAUCGCUGAAGAAAGCUGAAGUUUAUGCCCAUAUCACCAUCACUGUCGACGUGAGUCUGGAAAGUGUACAAUACAUCCCAUAUAGUUUGGCCAUUACUACUGUGAUUCUGCUGAACAUGACAUCGGAUAGAGAGAUGGAUCAUUACGAGUUCGGCCCUACUCCACGUCCGGGCUGGCAUAUCUAUUCUGGGCUGGAUCUCGGUCAAAGUUCCUCCUUUGAUUUCCAGCACAAGGUUGAGAAAGCUCUCUGCCAUAUUCGAUCCGGCUUUUCUUCGGGAAAUAUCACGGAUCUCAACGUCAGAUUUGCACUUGCUUCUGGAUACGAAAUCCAGGUGUGUGGUAGAACUUCCAUUGCUUCGUUACGUCCCGGAGAGGUAUGGAAGCUUCUAGUUCGCGUCAACAUGUCGGGGGAGCAGGACUCAAAUAGACUUGAACGUGAGAUCAAGUCCAUGCUGCGUUGUCGUGACAUCGCUGGUCUAGAUUUUGAUCGUGGAGAGAGUAUUCUUGUGGCAACACUACGAUUCAAUCACUCGCUACAACCAGGGUGCUCAUUGAAGAUGGUCAAGUCCUGCUCCAUUGUGCCUGAAUGA